ACGAAGUUAAGAUUCGCCUUCGAUUCUGUCACAGGAUUUCGAAAGAUACACAAUGAGAAACUGGAUAUCGGUGCUCAAAGCUGUGAUCGCUACCCUGUUUGCUACUAGCUUCCCUUUGACCGGUGCAGAAGAUAUCACGACUGGAACUGACGAUAUGGAUUCGAGAGGGAAGAACUCAACUAUAAGAUUGUUGAGAGUAGCUUGGCUUUCGAAACCUCCAUACUUAAUGUUAAGCGAGAAUAAUUCUUUGGAUGAACUUCCUUAUGGGUUAUUGAAAGACACUCUAGCUCCUUAUAUUGUAGUGAAUUGUGGUCGCUCUCACAAGCCUCAGUCCAUCACAUACACAUUUGAAGACAAGGGGAACAACUUCAGAAGCGAAUCUGAAUUGGUAGAAAUUCUGCGAAGAAACGAAGCGGACGUAGUCGCCCCAAUAUUCGAAAUCCCAGACGAUCGACAAUACAAAGAAUUUCACUUUGUUAAAGUCGAUAGUUAUCCCGGAACUGAUUUCAUAACCACAGACCAAGAAACCAAAGCUUUGAAGGUUGUCUUAUCAGCAAUUUUUGAAUCUUGGCCAUUGCUUGUUGUUGCAGUAAAUUUUACAGCCAUCACUGGGAUCAUCAUGUGGGCUUUGGACAAACAUUGUAACAGCGAAGAAUUUUCACCCUCCUUCAUCAAAGGCUCUGGGGAUGGAAUCUGGUGGUCAUUUAUCUCAAUGACAACUGUUGGAUAUGGCGACAAGGUUCCGAAGUCGAUGGCAGCUCGUAUAUUCUCCAUAUUUUGGAUACUGAUUGGUAUCGUUGUCAUGACGUUAUUCAUGGCAAACAUCACCUCUGCGCUAACAACUGUCACACUAGAAACAGAACCAGCCAGCAUAUCUAAUCUUAAGGUUGCGGUGUUAGGAAAUGGAACAGAAUACCAACACGCACUGCAUGAAGGAACUCACCCAGAAGUCUAUCACAAAAUUGACGAUAUGAUUCAAUCAGUAAGAACUCAGGAAGUAAAUGGGAUGUUAUUGGACCACUACACAGCUUCCCAUUUUCAGCUAAAGGGCAAACUGGAAUCUCUUGUCACGGUCAAGAAGUUGGAAUUUCGGAGGGACAUUGGAGUGCUCUUCUCAAAGGAAUCAUAUAAACUUGUAAACUGCUUGAAAUUAAUACGUGCCAACAUUUGGAGAUCGGUUAAAGCCGUUACUGAGACGUUACAGCAAACGCAACCAAAGAGUGUCAAAAUUGUCCGCCUUUUUAAUGAAUCCAACAGAGUAAUAAAGUUUUCCAUUUACAUAUCAUUUGGGAUUCUGCUGACUUUGAUGAUCAUGGGGGUCAUUUGGGAGAUAAAGAGAAAGAAAGCAAGGUCUCUAAAAAUCAAAGGAAAACAUGAACUUGCCGAGGAGGGAAGCUUUGCAACAAAAGCAUCGACGAGACUGAGCAUAAACAAUAAUCUGGAGGCAGCGAGGGAACUUCUCCUUCAAAUGCAAGAACGCUUCAACAACCUUGAAGCUGAAGUGAACAAUUUCUCCGCAUAAUUACGAAGACAUGUUAUGUACUUCAUUAAAUUUACUAUUAUGCUAUUAAGAACGUUUUCACUUUGAUUCCUGACAAAACUGAUGAAAUUGAAGGUGUAAUUUUUUCAGGCCCUUCAGGCCCGUCACGUUCACGCGUCAUGAGAUCAAAAUGAAAGGAACUACAGCAUGAAAUAACAGUACUGAUAUCAUAGCUUUACAUCUGCUUCGCAGAAAUUAAGCCUCAAAGUAAGGAGGGUGGAAGGGCAAAGAAUUCUUUCGUCAACCACACCUCCUGAGAAUCAUCAUCUUGGUCAACGGUAAUAGUAAUUUAAGCUCAGCGAAAAAACAUCAGCAGAGCGUGGUUCGCUCAACUGUACCCCAUAAAAGUUUAUAAUCAACAAAAUUAGUAAAAAACCGAACAAUAAACAUGGUUCCUAG